AUGCCACCGGACAUCCAGGUCUUCGUGAAAUGGAAAGAUCAGACUAUCUUUGCCGGAGAAGACGUGGAAUGCACCAUCACCUUUAAGAACGUCGCGGAGAGCGUCGAUUCCACUCGUGCUGCCCACAGCCCUCAACAACGAAAUCAAUCGCGAACGAGGGAUAUUAGUCCCCACUCCGAGUCGCGAUUCUCACUCAAAUCCCCCUCCAGCAUCUUCUUCAGCUCCAGCUCUAGCCGCCGUUCCUACCCGUCCAUUCCGAAGAAGAGCCCGUCCCAUCGCAUCUCAUCGUCCGUUAGCUCCCCGUUGAUCGGCUCCCAUAGCUUCCCACCUCCGUCGUCGCCGCGCAACGGCCCUCCGUUCGGGCAUAAGCACAAACGGUCCAUCUCGAUCCUGUCCAUUGACAGUGAGGGUGGAGACAAGACUCCGAGGACUUCGUCGCAAUAUGGCCGCCCCAUGGUACCGGCCAGGGGGCAUGGGCGCUCUGCCAGCAUGCAGGUAGUACCGAGGCGAUAUGAAGGCUACGAGGACAGUUCCAACAGAGAUGGAUACAGCCCUGGCCGUGGUUUGCCAUCCGUGUCGCCCCUAACCCCGUCGCCUGGAAAACUGAGGGUCGACGUGGAGGGAUUGACGCGACCAGGUCUCCCAGCACAGGGACGCCUCAGUCCCGGCAGAACGAUCGAACCCCAACGGAUGCCUGCGCGCCGGCCUCAAUUGCCUCCGAUCGACUUCAAGUUUCCCGCCGCUCCACCUUCAGACACCAGCAACGGUCGCCCGGGAACGUCUCCCUCUUCUCUAUCGGCGGAAGGUAGUGCGAUCACAACGAGAUCGCGAGGGAGUGAUGGGUUUGCCCUCGCUCCUGGAAUGACCAAGAUCGCGUCGACAUCGAGCGUGAGUGGGAGUCAUCGGAGCAGUGGGGAGUUUUAUGCCCCCAGCGACAAAUCCUCCGAGACGUUUCAAUCAGAAUACACGAACUACUUGAUGGGCCCGCCGCGACCAUCGCCGGUGCGGAUGCGGCACGCACGGCACAUGUCCAGUGUGGACCCGGUGGGCUCACAUCCUCAUGCCCAGACACUCCUGAUGGGCUAUGCGCAAAUCAGCGCAUCGUUCACCGUCGACGGAUCGUUGAUCAACCAAUCUAUGUUUGAAGAAGUGAAGCGGAAAGGGGUCGUUGGGGGCCAAGGGGGGAUGGCCGGCGGUCCCAACGGGCGAGCGACACCCAGCGGCGAUAGAGGUCGCAAAGGCGGUUUCUGGGGUGCUCUGAAGUGGAACAGUAUCGAGGAGUCUCUGAGCGGACUCCUCCAGAACAAUGAACUGGACGGGCUACGGGAGAUGCGGGGGGUGAGCUCCUCCCGAUCGAUUCCUUUACUAUCCACAUCACAAUCGUUAUUGUUUGUCGACCUACGGCUGGCACCCGGUGAAGAGCAGUCCUACUCGUUCUCUUUUACACUGCCCAGCGGCCUGCCAGCCAGUCACAGGGGCAAGGCGAUCAAGAUUGCCUACAACCUCGUAAUCGGCACGCAACGCCCAAGUGCUCCGAAUGAAACCCAGCGGAUGAAUCGCAUCAGUAUCCCGUUCCGUGUCUUUAGCGGUGUCAAUAGCCAAGGAACGAUCCUUGGACAUGACCUGAUGCAACCCUACGUCCUUCUCCGCGACGAAGCAAGGGUGCAAAAAGUCAACUCUAGCAUGCCCCCUCCUGUCAAAAUGAAAAGCAUCAGCGGGGCCACAUGGGCCUCGGCACCGGAGUUCUUGUCCUAUGUGGACGAGAUUCUGGAGCAGCGGUCCCGCAGUACGCUGCUUCGACCACCCGAUAGCCUGGCGGAUAAGCGGCUCAGUCACGACGUGUCAACCCCUGGGCCGCUGACCUGCAAGGAUGCCAUUGACCUGGCUGUUCUGCGGAGCAACCAAGCAUUGGCCUCUUCCCGUAGCCCGAACCGGUUCGAGAUCGCGCGCAACGGACGCCGGAUCGCCGUGGUGGUACUCAAUCGGCCGUCGCACCGACUAGGGGAGACGAUCAUCGCGACGAUCGACUUUGCGGACGCCGCGCUGCCAUGCUAUGCGCUGCGGGCGUCGCUCGAAACGUCGGAGCGAGUGGCCCCCGAGUUGGCGGUGCGGUCCAACGCGAGCAUCCGACGGGCGACGCGACGCGUACACGCCACCUUUUUCGAGAACACCCUGUUUGCCUCGCGGGUGGUGUUCAGUCCGGCAGUUCCCAUGGCGGCCACGCCGACAAUCCUGACGACUGGUGUCAAUCACGAGUGGGAGCUGCGAUUCGAGUUCGUGACCAACACCGCGCAGCACAAUCCGCCAUCGGGAGCAGGUCUACUUGAGACUGCGACGGAGGACGACCGCGGCGUGAUUAGAACGGCGAUCGAGAGCCUGGGAUGUGAGUCUUUCGAGAUUGCAAUCCCGAUCACGGUCUACGGGGAGACAGUGCGAGAGCAAACGCCUGAGGAGAGUGAAGGGUAUUCUAUAUAG